AUGGGACAGAGCCUGUCAGGUGAGGCCUCUCCGGCCUCCAAGGAAGAGAUCACGGCACAUCUGGCCGAGAAGUUCGCCCGCAAGUGUUUCGAACCGUUCGAGCUAUACUCCUUCAAAGACAACUUCAAGUCGCUGGCCGACCACGAGCAGGAUGUGCGCUACCUCAAGGAGGACACCAUCGCCCGCUUCCUCGAGCUGCCCGACAUCCUCGCGGUAUCGCCCGUCCUGUUCCACAUGGUCUCGUACAUCGGCGCAUUCCCUUUUCUGCAAGAUGCCCCGGUCAUACUCGGCUUCGAGCAGAUGAUCAUGGUCGUAGCUAUCAUGACAGAGCGGUACACCAAGAUCCUGGCCAAGGGUGCGAGCAGCCGCCGGAAGCUGCUGUUCAAGAGCUUGGCCGUUUACGAUCGCAAGCUGUCCGAGAUCGAGAAGCAGCGGCACGACAACGCAGGAAGCUCGGAGCCGAAGUCCGACAGCCAGGAUAGAAGUCAUGCGGAUGGAUUUGCUAUCGACGAAGCGGGCGACGACCUGAACGAUGAAGCUAUAGAUGACGAUGAGCUGGUGCUGGCUGCCCUCCAUUCCCUUGACAUUAACGAUGCCUUCAAGACGGGCGACUCGCAUGCUGCAACGACCCAUGGAGCUAUGAUACCUGCAGAUAACUUCCGCAGGCUCGUAAUGCUCCUUCUUCUGGUCGCUCCUCUCAGCGCGCAGGAGAAUCUGUCUAGCUACGCCGAGAGGGUCGCCGGCUCGGAACUCGAGAGCCUGAGAGCUACAGCUGAGAACAUCCUCUCGGCCUUCAUAAACGUGGAGACAUCACCGGGCAUCACCUUUGCGCAAUUCAACAACGUGCUGCCGCUCAACUUCCCCCACCUCUUCAACGGCUUUAAUUCGCUAUUUGAGCACUUCCUCUUCUCCCGAAAUCUCGACCUCUCCAAGCGCAAGAACAGUAUAAGCAAACCACUAUCUCCAGAGACGGUGCCGCCCCCUUUACUACAAGACAAGGGCACGAUAUUAGAUCUUAAUGUCCUCUCUCAGCUCUCCUUCUUCAUCGACGGCAACGAGCUCUUCCGACACCUGCGGCUGUUGUACUCGGGCGCAGAAGCCGGCUUCUCGAUGGGCAGCUUCGAGACCAAGGUCUUUAACUGGCGCGCCCCGACCAUCAUCCUCGUAUCCGGGACGCGGCUCUCCGACACGUCCAGCAGCGGCGGUGGCUCCGAGAACAACUUCACCGACUCCCUGCCGCCAAAGCGCUUCCCGGACGGCAGCCCGCCUGAUCGCGACCGCGUUGUCUUCGGCGCCCUCGUGCGCCAGCCCUGGCGUGCCACGCACCGCGACUGCUUCGGCGGCGCCGACACGGAGCUCUUCCAGCUCGCGCCCACGCACGACGUCUUCCCCGCGAGCGCCGUCAACACCGACUACGUGGCCUUCACGAAGCCGCCGGCCGCGAACCCGGGGAUCAGCUUCGGCUCGCCGCUGCCCAGGGCCAGCCACCACCCGUCGUCGUCCUCAUCGCGGCACGCCCCGUCCGCGCUGCGCCACCUCGGCCCCGUGUCGCUGGUCAUCGACUCGAGCUUCGAAUAUGGCGUCUUUACGCACGACUACACGUCGCGCGGCGGCGCCUUUGCGACGAGCGCGGCGCGAAGGUUCGACUUCCAGGAGCGCUUCUCCAUUGACGACAUCGAGGUCUGGGGGUGCGGCGGGGACGAGGAGGCGCGGGUGCAGCGGGAGCGCUGGGAGUGGGAGGCGCGCGAGGCCGAGGCGAGACGCAGGAUCAACUUGGGAACGGGGGAUGUGGCGGCGGAUCGCGCGCUGUUGGAGAUGGCGGGACUGGUGGGCUCGAAUAGGAGUGGAGGGUCGAUGGCUUGA